AUGGCUGCAGAUGAGCUCCCUGAAGAUGGAGCUAAGAAAACAGAAAAGAAGAAUUCCUCCAGGGCAGAUGAUGGGAACUCUCACAUUUGCUCCAACAAAGCUUCCCCUGGCAGGGUGCGGAAAAGAAAAGUGAUAUUUUCUGAAAACGAGAAAGUCUGUCUCAUUCAAGAGGUGAAGCAUUAUAGGGAAAUCCUUGAAUGCCGAGGCAAUGAUUCCAGGGCCCUCGAACAGAGGACCAAAGCAUGGGAGAAGAUUGCCAAGACCAUUGACCCAUUGAAUCCAAGUGUCAAACGGACAACGGCUGAAUUGAAACAGAAAUGGAGGAACAUGGUAAAGGAAUCCAGGAAAGAGAUUGCCAAAGUGAAGCAAUUGACAGGCACCAUUGUGAAGGAAGACCUGUCUCUACCCACUCAGAUGAUUUUGGGUGUCUUUGAGAAUGAUCCAUCAUUGAUGGAAGUUGAACAGCCAUGUGAAGAGAAUGGCUCUGUGUCAAGCCUUGAAGUUGCAGCUAGUCCCCAGUUUCAUUUAAACUCCUCUAACAAUGAAAAUAUACACUUCAUCCUUCCAGAAGACUUGGUCAUUGCUACAAUAAGAGAAGACAGCUCCGGUGAUGCAGAAAAUCCCAGUUCCUAUGAGGAAGACUCCUUUGAUGAGCCAGACAUUCCAAAAAACAAUUUAAAGAGACAUAUGAUGACAGACUCAUACAGAAGCUUGGUUGCAGCCAAGAUUCGUAAGACAGAUUUGGAGUCCUCCAAAAUAGAGCUUGAGAAGCAGAAACUCAUGCUGGAAAUAGAGACAAUGAAACUCCAGAAAGAGAAGCUCCUCCUAGAAAUUCAGGAACUAAGAAGAAGCUGAGGUUUAGCUAUCAGGUGUUCACAGUGCAAUCAGAGUCUAGGUUCUCCAUGUCGGUGAUAUUUGUCUUGUCAGACAGUCUGAGGUUCUCGAGAGAAAAUUUGUACACAAUGAUUUAUCGGGCUAAUUGAUCUCCACCUGGAUUACCCUCUAUGUGAUACCAUGCUAUUGAUAUAUGUCUUCUAUCAAUUGACAUCUUUUUGUGGCAGUCUUGGUACAUACCAUAGUGACAUUAUAUGUCAUGUAAAACUGGCCUACGUAAUGAUAAUCUUUUUGAUUUUACUUUUUUUAAAAUGACUCGUGGUUUUUUCUCUCAAUCACUCAGGAGCAAAGAGCACUGCGUGACAUGUGAUACUUAAUUAGUCCUGAGUCUCAGAAUAGCAUAAGCAUAUAAGCACACAUUCUCUGAUGUUGAGCAUUUAUCCAGCCUACUCUCAUCAUGAGUCCAUAUUACAUAAGAAAUUAAUCUGGUCAAGUGCCUGUUGACUUUAUGAAGACAGCCAUGUUGAAAAACCUGAAAGCAAAGAAUUUUUUGUUCUUAUCAGUAUAUGCUCAUAUGAUGUCACAUUACUCUUUAAAGAUAUCAUACUCAUUAGUACUGGUGUAUACUACAGGUUUUGCAAGAAGAUACUUCAUCUUAACAUACUGUAUACACUAGUAUAAAUUACUGUUUGUCUUGUAUUUUUUAAUUUUGUGCUGGAUCAUCUUUCAUUGACCAAGAUGUGACUUAUGUACUAAGUCAACCACACAUCUCAGCAUUGAGUCAUAUUGUCUGUGUUAUAUCCUAUUUUAUCACUCCAUGAGGUACAAACCCCAGAUAUUUCAAACCAUGGAUUAGCUUGGGUAUUUCCUUUGUUUGCAACUGCCAAGUGUGAUAUUCAUUGAGAGGAAUUAUUUAUAAUUGAGC